UAGGAGGACACAACCCUUUGGCUGUAGUUGGAACAUCCCAGUAGAACUUGACAAGGCGUAUCAGAGGUGGCAUCUUAACAACCCUGUAAGGAACUCUAGGAUUUCCAUUGGGAUUUUAGGAGGACAAGAACAGUUUGCAGUUUGGAGAUUGCAGCGUCUGAACCAUGUUCUCCACGGCCACUUCAUACAAGAACCAGCAUUACUCGGAGCUGAAGAAGGAAUGUCUGGAGGACAAGAAACUGUUUGAGGAUCCAGAGUUUCCUGUCACCAACGCAUCCCUGUUUUACAGGAAACCACCUCCUGGUAUGGUGGAGUGGAAGAGACCACGGGAAAUCAGCGACGAGCCUCAUCUGUUUGUGGAGGGCAUCAGCUCCCAUGACCUGAACCAGGGCCGUGUGGGUAACUGCUGGUUUGUGGCGGCGUGCUCCUGCUUGGCACUGAAAACAGACCUCUGGCAGAAGGUCAUCCCUGACUGGAAGGAGCAGGAAUGGGACUCUAAGCACCCGGAGAACUACGCUGGUAUCUUCCACUUCCAGUUCUGGGUGUUUGGGGAGUGGGUGGAUGUGGUGGUGGAUGAUCGCCUGCCCACCAUCAACAGAGAGCUCAUCUACUGCCACUCCAAACUCAACAACGAGUUCUGGAGUGCCCUGCUUGAAAAAGCCUAUGCCAAGCUCUCUGGCUGCUAUGAGUCGCUGGAUGGGGGCAACACUGGUGAUGCGGUUGUUGAUUUCAGUGGAGCCGUGACAGAGGCCAUUAACCUGGAGGCGGAAGUUUUCCACAAAGACCAGGAGAAAAUAGACAACCUGUUUGAGGACUUGCUCAAAGUCUACGACAGGGGUGGAAUCAUUAGCUGCUCCAUCAAGGCGUCUCCUUCUGAAAUCGAGGCUUGGAUGGCGUGCGGGCUAGUGAAGGGCCAUGCCUACUCAGUGACUGCAGUGAAGAAAGUACGGUUGGGCCACGGUCUGAUGGCCUACUUCCAGAACAAGACCAUCCCCCUGAUCCGCAUGAGAAACCCCUGGGGAAAGACUGAGUGGAACGGAGCCUGGAGUGACAGCUCAGCAGAGUGGGAAAGGGUUGGCAGCAUGGAGAGGGAUAAGCUUGGCAUCACAGUAGAAAACGACGGGGAGUUCUGGAUGGCGUUUACAGACUGGUGUAAGUACUUCACGGAUGCAGAUGUGUGUCAUCUCAUCAACACCUCUCUGCUCACCAUCCACAAGACAUGGCACGAAGUGGUGCAUUUCGGGAGUUGGACCAAGCAUUCAGAGCCCCUGCACAACCGCUGUGGUGGCUGCAUGAACUACAAACAGACCUUCCUACAGAACCCUCAGUACCUGUUUGACAUGACCAAGGAGAUGGAUGAGGUUCUGAUCUCCCUACAGCAGAGAGAUAUGAAGAUCCACAGACGUAUCGGCCAAGGAGAGAACCUCACCAUUGGCUUCGCCAUCUUCAAGGUGGAACUAAACAGAAAGUACCGCAUGCAUAACAUUAUCACCCAGACGAACGUGCAAACGUCGAAGUACAUCAACGCCCGCACGGUGUUCACGAGGGUCACGCUCCCCAAGGGUCGCUACAUCAUCAUCCCCUCCACCUUAAAACCGGAGAUUCUGGGAGAGUUCAUGCUGCGCAUUUACACUGAUGUAGACUCAGGAUGCAGAGAGCUAACAGAACACAAGCCCAGGAUGAGGUGUUGGAGUGCAGUCACUGGCUACCCCCAUGCUGUGUCCCAGAUCUACAUCCACGGAGCAGAGGGGCUGGAGAACCAGGACGGCACAGGGGGUGCAGAUCCAUAUGUGAUUGUGUCCUGUGAGGGCCGCUCAGUCCGGUCAACAGUUAAGGCAGACACCCUGGACCCGGUGUUUGAGACCAGAGCCAUCUUCUACAGAAAGAAGCCCAGGAAGCCAAUCACUGUGGAGGUGUGGAAUAGUAACGCUGUGAAGGACCAGUUCCUGGGCCAGGUGGUUCUGACAGGCUCGUUAAAAGACUCCACCAAACCCCAGAGGCUCCAGCUAAGGAAAAGAGGCAGAGCCAAGGCCGACGAGAUGCCUGGCUCCAUCACCCUCCGCAUCGUCACCUGCACCGAGCUCACAGAGAUGUGACCUGGAUCAGCUGACUACUACCUGGGUCACAUUGACAAUGUAUACCAGACUCUGUCACCUCUUCCUUGCAACAACAACGCCAGAAGGAGACUUUGGAUAGGAGCUUAUCACUACAAGACAUCAUUUGGUUGUCAGAAUGACUAUCAAUUCUUUUAAGGACUUGGCAUUGUCAUUGACCAAGAAGAACCUUCAAGCCUUCCGGAGUACAUUUUUUCUUACUGUUAUUGCAUUACUUUGUGUUUUGUAAAGAGACAAGUUAAGCCUUUUUGAAAGGUUGAAUGAAUGUGAAAAAGUCAGCAUGAAGCAAGACAAAAUGCAAUUAUUUUAUGCUAAACCAUACACUAUGAAACAAAAUAGCUCAUUGAAGUGAUACACAUGUUGUAUCUGUAUACAAAAUGAUGCAACAUAUACAUUUUAAUAACAUGUUUGUUAUCAUAUAGGAAUGUAUGUGCCUCUUUUGAUAUUGUUGAGAAACAGACGAAAAAGGUUUCAGUUUUUGCUACACAAUAUUGUCAAGUCUUGAAUAACCUGAAUGUACAGUGUCUACAGUGUAAGUUUUGGACUAUGGUCAUCAAUUUGUGUCCUUCCACUGAGCAACUUGAAAUGUCUAAAGGGUAUACUACAUGUGUCUAAACUACCAUACUCCCCGUGCUCAAAAUGAUUUGCCAGGUAAUCCCUACUAAAAGGUCACAGUACAUCUAUUCAAACCAAAAAAGUUCAUUUACAAUG